AUGGAGAACUCGGAAGCGGACGACGAAACAGGUUGGAACUGCAGUGUCCAUCCUAGCGUAUUCUUUCUCUUAGGAACUUUAGUGCUAACAACUUGUGCAACGGGAAUGCUUUGCGCAGCCAUUAUGACCGACCAUUGGGAAGAGGUGACGUGGGACAAAAACGGUGUAGAUUUUUUGGCUAAUGGCACAGUUAGAGUACAGUGGCUACUCGACAGGACUGUUGCUAGGAUAUCAACGAACGAACGAGAUAGAACGAUAGCAUUUUUAGUGCCAAUGCAUGGGGGAAUUUGGACAUUGUGUGUUAGUUUAUCAGAUGAAGAAAUAAAUCUACUGGGUAGGGUGGGUUUUCCGACCGUCCAGUCAUGUGUCAACUAUUUGUCUGGUGGAAUAGAUGGUGUAAGAGGAUAUGAACCAAGAGCUGAUUGGCAACACCGUAUGCAAAACUUGUCAAUAUCAUGCGCCCUAGUCUGUCUCAUAAUUUUGGGUAGUGCUGCCCUAAUCGGAGCCUUUGGGGUCUUCCAGCAUCAGAUAAGUGCCGUCCUAGUUACAGGAGUAAUGUAUUUAUUAGCAGCCUCUUUUGCGCUUUUCACAUUGACUAUCAUCCAUUUCAAGAGGCUUCACAGCCGCCCCCACAUGGACGAGUCCGAGGGAACGGUGGACGGAGUCGUUAGCCCCACCGGGGGCAAGGGAGUAAAAGACUUAUUACCUGCUAGAGUGUUUACGACUUCUUGGUCACUAGAUUUAGGCUGGGGAGGAGUUAUGUUGUGUGUCAUGACUUCUGUGCUUUGGAUACUGUUGUCGAAAAUAAUGAGGUUUAAUCCUAUCUCCAGCAUGAUUAAUUAA